UGUAUACUGCUUUCAUAUGUAGAUUGCCUUCACACAAGGCCUGUUGUAUGUACAUUUAUAGCCCACGUACGACCCGAAGUCUCAACUAGGUCAAUCGUAGCUUAAGCGGCCAUGGAAGACGGAAACCACACCUUCGUCGAUGCAUACGGAUUCGUAAGGCCGUUGGAAGAGAAGGAUGUAAUUGAUGCUCUCCAGAAGAAAGUAGCCGAACGCGAUGCCGCGCGUGCCAUCAAAUGGAAGAAAGAGAAGCUCUUCGCAGAUGUGACCAAGCAUGCGUCUAUUGACAAGUUGAAGCCGCACUGCAGGUUGGGUAUACCCUCAACCCUAAGAGGGGAUGUCUGGCUGGUAGUGUCGGGAGCGUCCGUUGCCAUGGCAACGAACGAGGACAAGUACGCGCAACUGAUAGACAGGAUGUCUAUGAUAAACUUCUCCAUGAGCAAGCCCAUAGAAACCGAUGUGAGGCGGACAUUCCCCAAUCACGUGGAUUUUGCAGGCGAUGGUAGCGACAUGGACAAGGUGUGA